AAUUUUAUAACUCAUUUGUUGAUGAUUUUCUAAGCCAUACCCUUUUUUAAUCUUUAAUUGUGAAGAGAAAAUAUUUUCUGAUUCAUGUCUACAAUGCCUUAAAGUUUCUACUUUUUAUUAGAAAGUGGAUUUUAAGCCUAACUCAACCCCACAAAACCGGCUUGUAAGGUGAGGUUUGUAUCCACUUAUAUAUUAUAAUUUGGCUUUAUCUCUAGUCGAUGUUUGACAAGAUCAUUGGUGACGUGAUGCGUCGUUCUACUGUCAACCAGAAAAUUAGUUUGAGAUGUGCCAGCAAUUGUAGUAUAGACCUGAACCUGUCUAGGGUUAGUAGAAGAGGAACGAAGAGGCAGCGGGACACUAGGGUGUUGCGGUUGGAAGAACUUGCAGACGGGUCAAAUAACCAUAAGGGCUCGUGUAUGGAUGGACUCUAUCUCUGGCCUGCCAACUCCCCGUUCGUCCACUUUAUCCGCACAGACUCCUCUACUUCAUGGCACCCUAGACUUGGGCAUCCCUCCUCUUCUAUCUUCACACUUAUUCAGCAGCAUUUUUCUUUGGGUUCAAAUAAAUUCCAGCAAUCAGAUUGCAACUCAUGUCAAAUUAGCAAAAGUCAUAAACUUCCUUUCCAUGAAUCCACUCUUAAAUCAUCUUAUCCUUUGGAAAUAAUUUUCUCUGAUGUGGGACUUCCAACACACCUCCUUCAUGCCGAGGUAUAGACAUCUCGAGCGUGAUAGUAGAAAUUGGAUGGUCCGAUAGCGGCCCGACAACGGAUGGAAUAGAAAUGCCCAAGAAACAAGAAAUAUCGCUAUGAUAGGCUUUAACCAUGGCUAUGUUACCAUAUUAGAAAGUGGGUUUUAAGCCUAACUCAACUCCACAAAACCGGCUUGUAAGGUAUUGUGGUGACAAAUGAUGGAAAUGCUAUCUUGCGUGAGAUAGAUCUUGCUCAUCCUGCUGCAAAGUCUAUGAUUGAAUUGAGUCGCACCCAAGAUGAAGAAGUUGGAGAUGGAACAACAUCUGUCAUCAUUCUUGCUGGUGAGAUGCUUCAUGUUGCUGAAGCACUCAUAGAUAAGAGUUAUCAUCCUACAGUUAUUUGUCGAGCUUAUAAUAAAGCUUUGGAGGAUGCCAUUGCCGUCCUUGACAAAAUUGCAAUGCCCAUUGAUGCCAAGGAUCGAGGUACUAUGCUGGGGAUAGUCAAAAGCUGCAUAGGUACCAAAUUCACUAGUCAAUUUGGGGAUUUAAUUGCUGAUCUAGCUAUUGAUGCUACUACCACAGUAGAUAUUGAUCUUGGCCUAGGUUUGAGAGAUAUAGAUAUUAAAAAUUAUAUAAAAAUUGAGAAGGUCCCUGGUGGGCAGCUGGAGGAUUCAAGAGUUCUUAAAGGGGUUAUGAUAAACAAAGAUGUGGUUGCCCCUGGCAAAAUGAAAAGAAAGAUUGUUAAUCCGCGUGUCAUUCUUCUUGAUUGUCCCCUUGAGUAUAAAAAGGGUGAAAAUCAAACAAAUGCUGAACUGCUAAAAGAAGAAGACUGGAGACUCCUGUUGAGAAUGGAAGAAGAAUACAUUGAGGAGCUCUGCAUGCAGAUAUUGAGGUUUAAACCGGAUUUAGUGAUUACAGAGAAAGGCCUUAGUGAUUUGGCAUGCCAUUUUCUGAGCAAGCAUGGAGUUAGUGCAAUCAGAAGGCUGAGAAAAACUGAUAAUAAUAGAAUUGCAAAAGCAUGUGGUGCUGUUAUUGUGAACAGACCAGAUGAAUUACAAGAGUCUGAUGUUGGCACUGGUGCCGGAUUAUUUGAAGUUAAGAAAAUUGGAGAUGAAUUUUUUUCAUCUAUUGUUGAAUGCAGAGACCCCAAGGCUUGCACUGUACUACUGAGGGGUGCUAGCAAGGAUCUCCUAAAUGAAGUUGAAAGAAACCUCCAGGAUGCCAUGUCCGUAGCAAGGAACAUAAUAAAAAAUCCAAAACUUGUUCCUGGAGGUGGUGCUACAGAAUUGACUGUAUCAGCCACGUUGAAGCAGAAGAGUUUAUCUAUUCAAGGUAUAGAGAAGUGGCCUUAUGAAGCUGCUGCCAUUGCUUUCGAGGCGAUCCCCCGUACUUUGGCACAAAAUUGUGGAGUAAAUGUCAUCCGCACUAUGACCGCACUACAAGGAAAACAUGCGAAUGGAGAAAAUGCAUGGAUUGGCAUAAAUGGAAAUACUGGGGACAUCACUGACAUGAAAGAGUGCAAGAUCUGGGAUGCAUACAGUGUGAAAGCACAAACAUUCAAGACUGCGAUUGAAGCUGCUUGCAUGCUUCUGCGGAUUGAUGAUGUCGUGAGUGGUAUUAAGAGGCGGGCCCCUGGAACCGGCAAGGCUCCUUCAAAGCCUAAGAUUGAGACCGAGGCAGAUGCUGACAGUGAGCUAAUUCUUCCUGAUUGAGAACAUAGAACAGCAUUUUCUUUGACACUUUAAGAGUGGAAGAUGUGCUAGGUUCUUGGUGACUAUUCAAAUCUAAUAAUCAUUCCUCUUGUUUUUGUUCUUGGUAAUCAUGUGACAGUUUGACAGUUUUCGUCCAUCACUUCAAGAUUUUGUGCAAACCCCACGGUUUUCACGACUUGGAAUGUUUCGGGGUUGCUGACUUGGUUUUGAAGUCAGCUUCUAUAUGAGAAGCAGUGAAGUGUCAGUAUUUUUUUUUUAAUGUGUUCAUGCGCUAUGCAGGCCAUUAUAAUUUUUCUUUGAGUGUUACUUCCUUCACCAGCAUCAAAUGUUUCUUAUACCACCUCAUACCUAAUUUGUCUUUCCAAUAAAAUUGAUGUCGACAUUUGUUUCA